GUUUGUAACUUCGUAGGGAACGGACGUGCGCGCCGCGUAAAGGAGAACUGAUUUACGAAAAAUAGUGUGGUGGGUGUUGCAAAUUUAGUGAUACGUGUGUGUUCCAUGUUCUCAGUUCGCUGAAAGGAAGAACAAUGACCGUGGCCUUUAUCAGAUUAUGAAGCCCCGAAUGGGGCUGAGCCUCAACCAGGCGCUAUGUGGGGUGUCAGUGUGUUCCUAUUUUCUCAGAUAGUCGUGUGCCAGUUCACAACAGAAAACUCUACAUCCGAAGACACAACGGUGACGCCAUACUACGCGCUCAGCACUGGCAUCGUUCCAGCGCCCAUCAUGCUACGUUUGGGCAACUCCACCAUAGAUAGUACCAAGUCCUUCAAAGUGCCGCAUGAUGCAGCACCCGUUAUACCGCACGUGGUCUCCGUCAAGUCGUACUUUGACCACGGGAAGUAUGGGCCAACGUUCGAAGACGUACCUGAUGGAAACAUGUCUAAAAUAACGGUUCAGUUGGGAGAGGACGCUCAUCUGAAUUGCAGGAUCAGUCUCCUGCAGGAUAAAACUGUAUCCUGGGUCAGGCGGCGAGGAAGAGAGGAAAUACCCGAGCUCCUGACCGUCGGCGCUGUUACGUAUGCAGCCGACGAUCGAGUGACGGUGGCCAAGCGCUACCCGGGCAACUGGAAGCUGCUGGUCAGGGAGGUGAAACCGGAGGACGAGGGGGUGUAUGAGUGCCAGAUAUCGACGCAUCCGCCUAGAGUCAGCAGGAUAUAUCUGCAUGUAAAUACGCCUCAAGUCUGGGUGGUAGACGAAGCUGGUGCUCCUCUCCUAGAAAAGUUCUACGAAGCGGAGUCAACCCUGGCUCUCGUCUGCAGAGCGCGGUACGUGGAGACGCCUGCAAUACUCACAUGGUUACAUGAGGGCAAGGCCCUUAACUCUGACACAUCAAGAGGUGGAAUCAGUGUAAAAACGGAGCAAGUGCCAGGCGGAGCAGAUAGCGUGCUUCGGCUAGCACGGGUGAAUAGCAGCGACGCCGGUAACUACACGUGCGCCGUGCGCGGGGCCAAGCCACACACUGUGGCUGUGCACGUCUUGAACGAGAGCCUAGCUGAGCUGCACGCCAAUGCAGGAACCCACACACCGCAAAAAAUCACUGUUAUAUCGUUAUUAAUUAUAACAGUUAUAUUAUCACAGUCAACGUUUUGCACGGUGGUUGUUAUUUUAGCAACUCUAGUACAUAAUAUUAGGGUCCAAGGCCUUCUAAGCGAACGAUUUAUGGGGCUCAAAUUUCCCACGUGAUAGUUAUAUUGUAAAUAGUUUGGUUUUAAACAUUAUACAUAGAUACUUGG